AUGAACAAUCAAGGAGGAAAUAUACAAGGUGGGGGAUGGGGUAAUACUCAGGGAGGAAAUACUCAAAGUUGGGGAUGGAGUAACACCCAGGGAGGAAACACUCAAAAUGGGGGAUGGGUUAAUACUCAGGAAGGAAACACUCAAAGUUGGGAAUGGGGAAAUACUCAAGGUUGGGAAUGGAGUAACACCCAAGGAGGAAACACUCAAGGUGGGGGAUGGGGUAAUACUCAAGGAGGAAACCCUCAAAGUUGGGAAUGGGGAAAUACUCAAGGAGGAAGUGGUGGUCAUAUCCAAGGUGGAAACAAUCAAGGCUGUCCACACUGUCAUGGAGGAUUCUGUAAUGCUCAAGGUGGAUGGAGUAAUACUCAGGGAGGAAACACUCAAGGUGGGGGAUGGGGCAAUACCCAGGGUGGAAACACUCAAGGUGGGGGAUGGGGUAACACUCAGGGUGGAAACACUCAGAGUGGAGGAUGGGGCACUCAGAGUGGAGGAUGGGGUAACACUCAGGGAGGAAAAACACAAGGUGGAGGAUGGAGCAAUACCCAGGGAGGAAACACACAAGGUGGGGGAUGGGGCAAUACCCAGGGUGGAAACACUCAAGGUGGGGGAUGGGAUAACACUCAAGGUGGAAACACACAAGGUGGAGGAUGGGGCAAUACCCAAGGUGGAAACACUCAAGGUGGGGGAUGGGGUAACACUCAGGGAGGAAACACACAAGGUGGACAAGUGGAGAAAUGGGCAAUACCCAAAGGUGGAAACACUCAGGGUUGGAGGAUGGGCGUAACACUCAAGGAGGAAGCACACAAGGUGGAGGAUUGGAAGGUGGAGGAUGGGGCAAUACCCAGGGUGGAAACACUCAAGGUGGGGGAUGGGGUAACACUCAGGGUGGAAACACUCAGAGUGGAGGAUGGGGGAACACUCAGGGAGGAAACACACAAGGUGGAGGAUGGGGCAACACCCAGGGUGGAAACACUCAAGGUUGGGGAUGGGGUGGAGGAUGGGGUAACACCCAGGGAGGAAACACACAAGGUGGAGGAUGGGGCAAUACCCAGGGAGGAAACACACAAGGUGGGGGAUGGGGCAAUACGCAAGGUGGAAACACACGAGGUGGGGGAUGGGACAACACUCAAGGUGGAAACACACGAGGUGGAGGAUGGGGCAAUACCCAAGGUGGAAACACUCAAGGUGGGGGAUGGGGUAACACUCAGGGAGGAAACACACAAGGUGGAGGAUGGGGUGGGGGCAAUACCAAGGUGGAAACACUCAGGGGUGGAGGAUGGGGUAGGAUGGGGUAACACUCAAGGUGGAAACACUCAGGGUGGAGGAUGGGGUAACACUCAAGGUGGAAACACUCAGGGUGGAGGAUGGGGUAACACUCAAGGAGGAAACACACAAGGUGGAGGAUGGGGCAAUACACAGGGUGGAAACACUCAAGGUGGGGGAUGGGGUAACGCUCAGAGUGGAAACAAUCAGGGUGUAGGAUGGGGUAACACUCAGGGAAGAAACACACAAGGUGGAGGAUGGGUCAACACCCAGGGUGGAAACACUCAAGGUGGGGGAUGGGGUGGAGGAUGGGGUAACACCCAGGGAGGAAACACACAAGGUGGAGGAUGGGGCAAUACCCAAGGAGGAAACACACAAGGUGGGGGAUGGGGCGCGGCAUGGGGCAAUACCCAGGGUGGGAAAACACUCAAGGUGGGGAUGGUCGGGGAACGCUCAGGGUGGGAACACUCAGGGUGUAGGAUUGGGAAACACUCAGGAGGAAACACACUAGGUGCAGGAUGGGGAACGGCAAUACCCAGGGUUGGAAACACUCAAGGUGGGGGAUGGGUAACACCCAGGGUGGAAACACUCAGGGUGGAGGAUGGGGUUAAACCACUCCAGACGGAAAACACACAAGUGAAAGAAUGUCUACUCAAGGAGGAAACACUCAAGGAGGCUGGGGUAACACACAGGGAGGAAACACUCAAGGUGGAGGAUGUGGUAACACCUAAGGAGGAAACACUCAAGGUGGAGGAUAUGGUAAUACCCAAGGCGGAAAUACUCAAGGCGGAGGAUGGGGUAACACUCAGGGAGGAAAUACUCAAGGUGGAGGAUGGGGAAACACCCACAGGUGGGAAACACUCAAGGUGGGGGAUUGGGGUAACCACUCAGGGAGGAAACACACAAGGUGGGAGAUGGGACAAUACCCAGGGUGGAAAACACUCAGGGGUGGGAUGGGGUAACACUCAGGGUGGAAACACACAAGGUGGAGGAUGGGGAAAUACCCAGGGUGGAAACACUCAAGGUGGGGGAUGGGGUAACGCUCAAGGUGGAAACACUCAAGGUGGAGGAUGGAAUAACACUCAGGGUGGAAACACUCAAGGUGGAGGAUGGGGCAAUACCCAGGGUGGAAACACUCAAGGGGGGGGAUGGGGUAACACUCAGGCUGGAAACACUCAGGGUGGAGGAUGGGGUAACACUCAGGGAGGAAGCACACAAGGUGAAGGAUGGGGCAACACCCAGGGUGGAAACACUCAAGGUGGGGGAUGGGGUAACACUCAGGGUGGAAACACUCAGGGUGGAGGAUGGGGUAACACUCAUAACACUCAGGGUGGAAACACACAAGGUGGAGGAUUGGGCAAUACCCAGGGAGGUAACACACAAGGUGGGGGAUGGGGCAAUACUCAGGGUGGAAACACUCAAGGUUGGGGAUGGGGCAACGCUCAGGGUGGAAACACACAAGGUGGAGGAUUGGGCAAUACCCAGGGUGGAAACACUCAGGGUGGAGGAUGGGGUAACACUCAGGGAGGGAACACACAAGGUGGAGGAUGGGGAAAUACCCAAGCUGGAAACAAUCAGGGUGGGGGAUGGGGCAAUACUCAGGGUGGAAACAUUCAAGGUGGAGGAUGGGACAAUACCCAGGGAGGAAACACUCAAGGGGGAGGAUGGGGUAACACCCAAGGUGGAAACACUCAAGGUGGGGGAUGGGGCAACAGCCAAGGCGGGAACACUCAAGGUGAAGGUUGGGGUAAUACUCAAGGAGGAAACACUCAAGGUGGAGGAUGGGGCAAUACUCAAAUGGGAAAUCAGCAAGGUGGUGGAUGGAAUAAUGUACAAAAAGGAAAUUUGCAGUUUGAAAUUUCUGAAAAUGCCAAAGAUGGAAUUGUCAAGCUAGAAAUUUACGUUAGUGUUCCAACUUGUUAA